AUGAGCUCCCGGUGGGCACUCGUUCUUGCCUCCCUGCCAGUGACUACCCAGCUGAGUGUGCUCUCGGAUGGAGCAGUCGUGGAUGCCGACGGCAAGGAGGAUGAUGCAGUGUAUGACUUCGGCGGCUUCUUCGAAUUCGUUGGACGGGCGAAGGAGGAGGAGGAGCAGCAGCUCGUCGGAGAGGGCCGCAAGAUCACCGAGACGUCGGAUCUGGCAGGGCCGUGGAAGGCGCCACUGAGCCCUGGCGACACUUACAGUGGCUCGGCUGCUUGGCCGCUUAGUAGCACAGCACAGUGCACCAGCGCCGACAUGACGAUCCUCAACGAUAUGGCCUUGAAGCAGGCGAAGAAGAAGUUGCCACCAGCCAUGCGCGCGGGGGAUUUCAAGACAGGGUCUUGCUACACGGGGGCCGAGGCUUCUGGGUCGUGGGACAUGACGGGUACUUCUGGGUUUGUGCCGUGCUACCAGUCGUACUUCCCCGUGUCCACGCCGUGCGCCACCUGCAUCGGGAGCGUCUACUUGAUGGCCAAGCACAACAUGUCGACUAAAUGCUACAAUCUCUGCAAAGGGCGCCCGCAUAGGCGGGACGGUGCCCACUGGUGCUGGGAAGAUUGCCAGUCCUGUAUGUGGUACAUCGGGAAGAAGCUGUCAGACUGCUACGGGGAGCCUUACGACAUGGCGUGCAAGUACGCGAAGGAGCUCGGGAAGGAGGGUUGGUUCGAGAAGAAUGGCAUCGACCCCAAUGGAGCGUUUCCGUAG